GAAGGUCAGUUCCUGAGCAAGAUGGCAGAGAGAUCGCCCGGUCUCCAUGUUUGGGCAGUGGGGCCGACAGUUCUUUUGCGGAAGGAGCAUCAAGAGCCACACAAGUUCCAUGAAUGCCUGCAGUGGUUGGACAAGAAAGCCCAGCAGUCGGUGGUGUAUGUCGCAUUUGGCACCAUUGUAUCAAUGAGAGCAGUGCAGGUGAGGGAGCUAGCACAAGGAUUAGAAGCCAGCGGGCAGCCCUUCCUUUGGGUCCUAAGAUACGCCGAAAAAGGGGAUGUAUUCGCUGGGAGAGAGGCGGAGGGUCCACGGGGGCUACCAGAAGGGUACGAGGGGAAAGGGUUGAUAGUGAGGGACUGGGCACCCCAAUUGGAGAUACUACGCCACCCCUCCACAGGCGGGUUCUUCACGCAUUGCGGGUGGAACUCAUGCAUGGAGAGCUUCACCAUGGGUGUUCCCAUGGUGGGAUGGCCUAUGCACUCGGACCAGCCAGUGAACGUGCAGUUACUUACAGGGGUGCUUGGGGUGGGGUCGGCGGUGAAGGAGUGGCAUGAGAGGGACGACAUUGUUAGGACAGAGAGAGUGGAGAGGGCGGUGAGGAAGGAGGAAGGGGGCAGAGCUGAGGGACACCGCCCGAAAGGCUGUGAGCAAGGGUGGGACGUCCUCUACCGCCUUUGAUUCCUUUCUCGAACUUAUCUCUCGACCUUAAGACAAUUCUAUUCGAUAUUCAUUAUUUAAGAUUGUCUACAAAAAGACAAUUUAUCUUUUGUACGAGGAUGUCUCAAUUAUUCUUGUCUCUCAAAUUUCAAAACGGGUGAUUAUAAGAGUGUCGUUUGAUAGACACAAAGUCUUAAAAAAACAA